CGUUAAAGGCGCGUCAAACUGUCUGCCAGACAGUGCGUUCGGUGAGGUUGCAAGUUUAGUGACUGAAAAUCGUUUGCUAUAUCCUGCUGUUACUAGGUAUAUCGCAAUGGCUGAUCAGUUAACAGAGGAGCAGAUUGCCGAGUUCAAAGAGGCUUUCUCGCUCUUUGAUAAGGAUGGUGACGGCACCAUCACCACCAAAGAGCUGGGAACCGUGAUGCGCUCUCUGGGCCAGAACCCCACAGAGGCUGAGCUGCAGGACAUGAUCAACGAGGUGGACGCUGAUGGUAAUGGAACGAUAGACUUCCCAGAGUUCCUGACCAUGAUGGCGAGAAAGAUGAAGGACACAGACAGCGAGGAGGAGAUCAGAGAAGCGUUCCGCGUCUUUGACAAGGAUGGGAACGGUUACAUCAGUGCUGCUGAGCUGCGCCAUGUGAUGACAAACCUUGGUGAGAAGCUGACCGAUGAGGAAGUUGACGAGAUGAUCCGAGAAGCAGACAUUGAUGGAGAUGGCCAGGUCAAUUAUGAAGAGUUCGUACAAAUGAUGACGGCGAAGUGAAGGCCUUGUACAGAUGUUGUAUAAAUAACUUGCCUUUUUUUUCUGUGGAAUUUAUCUGUAAAAUCUUAAUAUCCCCCCUCCCUGCUGUCCAAAGGAACUGCAUGUAAACUGCAUAGGCUCUUGAGUCCCCAUGUCCCUUUCUUUUGCUGUCCUCGUGUUUUGGAGUGACGGGGUGGUUGUACAAACGGGUGCCUGUCGCAGCCCCAGGGGUUGGAGUGCGUUUAAGAAUCGUCACGUCGGCUCCGUUCUGGAUCCGUGGCAGCAUUGGUGACCUGUCACUUGGGGCAGCUAUGUUGCCAUGGAAAUGGCCUAGAGGAGUAACUCUGCAUGGACUACGGACAAAGUGUAUAUGGAAAUCUCUCAGCAUUGCACUACUGCAAAGAAAAUAAAAAAAACUACACAGGUGUAUCUUCUAGGUACACUUAAACUCUUUUUGUAUCUGCUGUUCUUUACCAGAAAACAACUUUGUUUUAAUCUUACUAUGCUUUUUAAUGUUUUACUCACUACUUUUUUAUGGCCUUUGGCCAUGCUUCAAAUAAUCCAUUCCAAGUUGUAUAUUUUUGUUUUCCAAUAAAAUUUACAAUUUACCCAGA